CAGUAGUACAGUGGACGGAGAGCAGCUUCUUGUUAACCCACCUCUUUAGACACUAAUCUGCAUUGACUCCAGGGAAUAACAACACAGGAACCCAUUAGAGAGAGCACGUGCACCGGGGCAAAGUCGGCAAAGACAAAGAUGUCAACUUACAACUGCUCCCUUGAUCUAAUACCUGAAAGAGGUGGGUGGCUUUGUCCUCUCGGGGAAAAGUGUAGCAAUCUGACGCCAGGAACGAACAGCAGCCACGUCGACCAGGAUGAAGCGUGUUUGACAGACUACCUGGAAAAAUAUCUGGGUCCUCGCCGAUCCUCUGUGUUCCUCCCAGUCUGUCUCAUCUACCUGAUCAUCUUUGUGGUAGGUGUACUGGGGAAUGUGCUGACGUGUACUGUUAUCGCACGCAACAAAGUGAUGUGGACCCCGACAAAUUACUACCUGUUCAGCCUGGCAGUGUCAGACCUGCUGGUGUUGCUGCUCGGCAUGCCACUGGAGCUGUACGAGCUCUGGCAAAACUAUCCCUUUCUCCUGGGGAAGGGAGGGUGUUACUUCAAAACCUUUCUGUUCGAGACCGUAUGCUUGGCGUCCAUCCUGAACGUGACAGCCCUGAGUGUGGAGCGCUACAUUGCUGUGGUGCACCCACUGCGAGCAAAGUAUGUCGUGACGCGCACCCAUGCCAAACGGGUCAUCCUCACAGUGUGGGGUGUGUCAGUGUUGUGUGCCAUCCCCAACACAAGUCUGCAUGGGAUCGCCAUCCUUCAUAGUCAUUCCACCAGCCAGGCUGGAAACGUAAAUGUGGAGAUCCCUGACUCGGCCAUCUGUACACUGGUGAAACCACUAUGGAUGUACAAUCUGACCAUUCAGGUGACCACUUUGCUGUUUUUUGCUCUGCCCAUGCUCAUCAUCAGCGUUCUCUACAUGCUGAUUGGGCUGCAGCUCAAGCACGAAAAAAUGCAUCAGGCACUGGAGGUGAAGUUGGAGUUUGGACAGGAGAGCUUUUGUAACAUCCGUACGCAGCAGCAGAAGACACGUCGCCGGCAGGUCACUAAAAUGUUGUUUGUUUUAGUGGUGGUAUUUGGGAUCUGCUGGGCGCCAUUUCACACCGACCGGCUCAUGUGGAGUUUCAUCCAUGACUGGUCUGAAAACCACCUGGAAAUCUUCCAGUAUGUCCACAUCAUCUCUGGAGUGUUUUUCUACCUCAGCUCAGCCGUUAACCCAAUCCUUUACAACCUCAUGUCCACCCGCUUUAGAGAAAUGUUCAUGAAAGUCAUGUGCCAUCGGCCACAUCACGCAACUCCGAGAAAAUACUCGCUCAGCGUCACCCGGGUGACGCUCCGCAGCACACUGAGCGACGCGCCUCUCAACAACGGAGCGGCGGUUAUUGAGGCCGAGGCAGAAAAUGGAGUAAGACACGAGACCACUUUUUCAGCUUAAGGGGUUUUUCAAGUGUGGUGUCCAGGUGUCCUCAUCUGAUUCGAACUUAUCCAUGCAUUAGCAUUUUGUUUGAAAAAGUAAUCGCAUGCUCAUCUGUUUUAGAUGUAGGUCAGUGCUCUCAAACCUGGCAACUUAUUAAGUCCUACCAAUACUGUAAUUAAGUGAAAAAAGCUUUUUGUUGCUGUUGAUGUUAUUAUUCUGCCUCUGUUUGGUCUUCGUGAGUAUGUACACUGUAA